CUCUUCCCCCCCUCUCUCUCUCUUUCUCGCAUCGUCGACUACGAUGCCGGAGCGAAGAGGAGAAGAUAUAUACGUGAUGAGGAGGCGAAUCCAAGCGCAGGAAAAGGGCCAAGUCGUGGAACUGCCCGAUUCGAAUUCGACUCGCUUCUCUCCCCGUUGAUGCCGCGGUUUCUUGGAUGAUUUCGUCGCUAUUCGUAGAUUCCCUUCCGCAUUUCGCCUCUUGUUGCUCGAUUUCGUUCAUAAUUUUGAUCCGUCUUCCGACCUUGAGAACCCUAGCUGGGGUUUGCUCCCUCGGAUUCUAGGGUUUUUGCUGCGAUUCUGAUCGGGUACUGCCCUAGGGUUCCGAAUCUUUGGUUCGAUUGGAAGCUCCGCCUAGGGUUUCGUGUCCCAUGGCGGAUUGACGAUGGUGCGGCUGCUGGGAUUGAGGAGCUUCGGGCUCGAUCCGUCCCCCCGCGAGAUAACCCGGACGGGGCCCGUCUCCGGGGAGGGAAGCGGCGGCGGUGGCGGGGAGAAGGGGUGGCUGAUCCGGUUCUUUGAUUCGGCCUUCUUCUGCGAGUGGAUCGCCGUGAGCUAUCUCUACAAGCACGACCACGAUGGCGUCCGGGAUUACCUCUGCAACAGGAUGUACACCCUCCCCCUUCCGGGAAUUGAGAGCUACCUCUUCCAGAUCUGUUACAUGCUUAUUUACAAGCCGAGCCCUUCCCUUGACAAAUUCGUCAUUGAUACGUGCUCUAAGGCCCUCCGGAUCGCCCUUAAGGUCCACUGGUUCCUCAUGGCGGAGCUCGAGGACUCUGAGGACAGUGAGGGGAUCAGCCGGAUCCAGGAGAAGUGUCAGAUCGCUGCCACACUAAUGGGCGAGUGGCCACCGCUGGUCCGGCCGCCACCUCCCCCACCUAGCACUCCAUCCAGCCCCAAGAGCAACCCGGUGCUUAAUCGGUUACUAUCCUCCAAGCAGAAGCUGUUGUCACUGGCAUCAUCGUCAACAUUGGGCUCUAGUCCCUUGGGCGAUGAGGCCAGCCGAGGCAACAACGGCAAUGAUGGUAACAACAAGGGCUUGCUGUCUUCAGAGGAAAACAAGCUUUUAAAGAAACUGAUCCCAGGGCCAAAAGUACGAGAUGCAUUGCUCUUUAGGAAGUCCUUGGAAAGGGACGGGGAGGACGAGCCAGAAAAGGAGGGGUUUUUAAGAAGUCUUCUUAGGGAUAGCAAGGGCAAGGAGGAGGAUGCAGAUAAAGAUGGAUUCUUUCGGAGACUUCUCAGAGAUAGCAAGGAUGAAGAAGAUGAGCUGACUGCAAGCUCAGAGGGUUUUCUCAAGAGGUUGUUUCGUGAUAAAGAAGAGAAGUUAGGCGAGGAUGAUGAGAAGGAGAAGGAGGGGUUCUUUCGGAGGAUUUUCAAAGACAAGAGUGAGGAGAAGAAAGACGGUGGGCAUGAUAAGAAUGAGGGGGAAGAUAAGGCCAGUGACAAUAUUGAGGUCGAUGAGAAGGAGAAUUUCUUUCAUAGGCUUUUCAAAGAGAAGCAUGAAGGAAGAAAAGAUAAUGUCUACGAGAGAAAUGAGCAGAAAGACAAGGCUAAUGGGAGUAUUGAGGAAGAAAAAGAUGGUUUUUUCCGUAGGAUUUUUAAGGAUAAGAAUGAAGAAAAAAAAGAGAGUGGGCAUGAUAAGAGCGAAGAGGGGGUAAAGGUCAAUAGGAGUCCUGAGGAAGAUGAUAAAGAUAGGUUCUUCCAUAGGUUUUUCAAAGAAAAGAGUGAAGAAAAAAAGGAUGGUGGGCAUAAUAGGGAUGAAGAGGACAAGUCCAAGAAAAGUAUCGAGGAUGACGGUAUUUUUCGCAGGCUUUUCAAGGACAAGAAUGAAGAAAAAAAGGCUGUUGGACAUGAUAAGCACGAAAAUGAUAAAUGUAACAGAAGCAUAGAGGAAGUGGAAAAGGAGGGUUUCUUUCAUAGGCUUUUCAAGGACAAGCAUGAGGACAAGAAAGUUGAAGGCCAUGAUAGAAAUGAGGAAGAUAGUAAGGGUAGCGAGGUUUUUGAGGGGGAAGAGACUUCAGAAAUUUUGUCAUUUCGUAGGUUGUUCAGGGUUCAUCCUGAAGAGUCAAAGUCUUCAAGUACCAAUGACAAUGGUACCCUUGAGAACAGUCCUGGUGCAGAGAAUUUCUUCCGGCGGUUGUUUCGAGACCGAGAUCGAUCUAUAGAAGAUUCCGAGUUACUUGGCGCGAAGAUCCAGAAGGAUAAAUGUCCUGGGUCACCAAGACAGCAGAAUGAAAAGUCAUAUGGAAAACCACCUUUACCUAAUAAUGUGAUAUCAGAAAUUCGGAAAGGUUCUUACCAUGCUUCAUUGGAAUUUGUUCAGUCAUUAUGUGAGACAUCAUACGGCCUGGUGGACAUCUAUCCCAUUGAAGAUCGCAAAAUUGCACUUCGAGAGACUCUCACCGAGAUCAAUUCUCAUAUUGCUGAGGCCCAAAAGGAUGGAGGAGUGUGCUUUCCAAUGGGAAAGGGAAUGUAUCGGGUGGUUCAUAUACCUGAAGACGAAGCUGUUCUCCUUAACUCCAGGGAGAAGGCACCUUACCUAAUAUGCGUUGAGGUUUUAAAAUGUGAAACACCCAGUCAUACAAAGGCAUCUUCUGAUGCUCAAAAGCUCUCUAGCAGAGGAAUUCCGUUGGCCAAUGGAGACGCACAAUUGCCAAAGCCUCCUCCAUGGGCAUAUCCUCUAUGGAGUAAAAAUGACAUUUAUAGUUAUGAUGCUGAUGGGAUGUUAAAGUCUACCUCCCAGGCUAUUGAUCAAGCAAUGGCUAAGUUAUGGGAGGCAAAAGUAAAAUUUGUCGAUGUUCGUUUCUCAAUUGAAAAUAAGUUGGUUGACCACUCAGAGGCUAGUCAGGAGAUUGACUCAGAAUGGAAGACCCAACAAGCUACAGUAAAUCAUGAAAAUCUGGCUAGCAAGUCAACCACAGAUAACGAUCGAACUUUGGAAUGGAUUACAGUUAAUUUAUCUGCAGUCCCGGGGAUUAACAUGGAAGAUGUAGAAGAUCAAGAGCCAUCACGUCCAAAAGAUCAUCGUCGUGUUCCAAGCACAAUUGCCAUUGAGGAAGUAAAGGCAGCAGCAGCAAAGGGACAGACUCCCCCUGGACUUCAUCUGAAAGGAGCUGGACAGGAUUUGCAGAAUGCGGAACCAAAGGUGAUAAAUGGUUGCAUCCCAAAACCAAGUGAUGCUUUGUCUGGUGAACUCUGGGAGGUGAAGAAAGAGAGAAUUCGGAGGUUAUCAGCAUAUGGAAAGUCACCUGGUUGGGACUUGCGUUCUAUCAUUGUGAAGAGUGGGGAUGAUUGCAGACAGGAGCAUCUAGCUGUACAACUAGUUUCACAUUUCUAUGACAUAUACCAAGAGGCUGGCCUUCCACUGUGGUUAAGACCUUAUGAAGUUCUAGUUACUUCUUCUUAUACAGCCCUAAUUGAGACUAUACCUGAUACGGCAUCAAUACAUUCAAUAAAGAGUAGGUUCCCAAAUAUCUCAAGUUUGCGUGAUUAUUUUGUGGCCAAAUAUGAAGAAAAUUCUCCAAACUUUAAGCUUGCCCAGAGGAAUUUUGUUGAGAGCAUGGCGGGAUAUUCCAUAUUAUGCUACUUGCUUCAGGUGAAGGAUAGACACAAUGGAAACAUUUUAUUGGAUGAAGAAGGGCAUAUCAUUCAUAUUGAUUUUGGUUUCAUGCUUUCUAAUUCUCCUGGUGGUGUGAAUUUUGAAAGUGCUCCCUUUAAGUUGACUCGGGAGCUUCUUGAGGUAAUGGACUCCGAUGCAGAAGGAACUCCAAGCGAGUUCUUUGACUAUUUUAAGGUUCUGUGCAUUCAAGGUUUUCUUACUUGCCGUAAGCAUGCAGAACGUAUAAUACUUCUUGUUGAGAUGCUGCAGGACUCUGGAUUCCCUUGCUUUAAAGGCGGAAUUCGGACAAUACAAAAUUUGAGGAAGAGGUUCCAUCUAAGUCUUACAGAAGAGCAAUGUGUCUCCUUGGUGCUUUCCUUGAUCAGUAGCAGCUUAGAUGCAUGGCGAACAAGGCAAUAUGAUUACUACCAGCGAGUACUUAAUGGAAUACUGUGAGGCGAAAUCGUAUUACAACUUGCAGUUUCUCCUGCUGGAAAGAAAAUCUUGGGAAACAUGCUAAAGCAAACGAAGCGUAUGAAGCUCACCUCAGGCUAACUGUUGUAGCUCAUCACUUCUUACGUCUUGGUGACUACCUCAAGGAAGAUUAAGAAAGUUUCAGUGCCAUUAUCAUGGGAAAAGAAAGUGUCUAGGUCAGUCCAGCUGCAGUAUGGAAACUUAAGAUGGCCAAAAUGCUCUGGCAAUAUUGUUUUGGGUUAGAGUGAAAGCUGAAUUCGUGCUUUGUUGUAGAUAGUGAAGUAGCAUCAUGAAGAUAGAAAUUGUAGAAGUCAGUGACUGUACAGAAGAUGAUAUCAGGGCCAUUAAGGAUUACAAAUUGCUCCACUUGUUAGCCUCAUGUGACUAAAUCCAAGAUGACAAGUUGAGGUUGCAAGAUUAGAUUUAUUUUUUUUCUUCACGGAGUCCAGAAGGAAGGUGGCAAGCGAUGGACAAGUAGCUUCUCGUCUGUGCUUUCUCUGGGUGGUUGUCAUUUCUCGUGUUACCAGCACUUGUUCAAUCUGCAAUUCCUUGUUAGCAUCACAUCCCUGAUGCUUGCGGCAGAUUUUUGGGAUACAGUUUUUAAAUACCUUGUACAAGUUCUCAUCUCUGUUUGUUUGUACACCAGUAUAUUGUGUUCUUGACUUUUGUCGGUUGAUACUCUAAAGCGGUUUUCGACUGGGGGUGGUGGGGGUUAAAACCUUGAGAGAUGGCGAAACCUUUCUAUUGGUAACUUGUCAAGAUAUACCUUGAUGGUAAUUUGCAAAUAUGAAGUAGUAUUAAA